UAGGGAUUAGGGUCCUGGGUCCUAGGGAUGAGGAUGGGUCCCACCAACUAACUAUACAUGCCAAUGGACGAAUCACAAUCGUCUUUUCUUCCCUCCAAUUCACCCUAAACCUUCUGUUUCCCAACCCAUGGCCCAGACUCGGAGAUCCACCGGCACAGUCAAGUGGUUCAACGCGCAGAAAGGUUUCGGCUUCAUAACACCGCAGGACGGCUCCGACGAUCUCUUCGUUCACUUCACUUCCAUCCGAUCCGACGGUUACCGCUCGCUCUCCGAGGGCCAGUCCGUCGAGUUUCUCCUCGACCACGCCGACGACGGCCGCACCAUGGCCGUCGACGUCACCUCCGCCGUUAGAUCUCGCCGUCCGGGGGGAGGCAGGGGCAGGGGAGGGGGACGCUACGCCGCCGGGAGAGGUUACGGCCCUGAGUGUUACAACUGCGGGAGAAUAGGUCACUUGGCCAGGGAUUGUUACCAGGGACAGGGUGGUGGUGGUGGCGGCGAUGGGAGGAACCGGAGACGCGGCGGCGGCGGCGGAGGAGGAGGAGGAGGAGGAGGAGGAGGAGGAGGAGGAUGUUAUAACUGUGGAGAGGAAGGGCAUUUUGCGAGGGAAUGUCCGAAUGUUGGGAAAUGAGUGGGAAUUUGGGGUUAUGAAUUGUGAGUUUGUAACCGUUAGUUGCUGUUGGGUUCUGAGCAUUUCUUUUCUUAUUAUUUGUUUCCAAACUUUGCUAAUUGUUUCAUCUUCUUUUCAAGUUUUUAUCUAACAAACUCUCAUUGUGCUUCUUCCAACCUCUGCUAUCUGUCAUUGUGAUGUGAGAACCAAAUUUCGGCAUAUCUUUUCCACUAUAAAUUAAUUAAUUCUUUCUGUGUUCUGA